AUGCAUAGCCAAAGUGUUUCUCCUGAUUGGCAAUCAUCAAUGAAUUUAUCUUCACCUGGUUUUCAAUUCUCACCUGUCAAUUAUCAAGCACUUUUCUUGUCUCAAAUCAAUACAAAAUCAUUAUUUUCUUGUGCACAAACAUGUCAUUCAAAUGGCAAUUGUCGCAUAUUUGAUUUUAAUGAUCAAUCACUUUUGUGUCGUCUUUUUCAAGGUAAUAUAAUAACUAUGGGUUCAAUUAUACCUUCUUCAUCUUCUCAAUCUCGUGUUGGGUCAAGAAAAUACAAUGCAGAACCGUUUCUUAAUCAUGGUCAGUCAUGUUCAUUAUGUGAAGGAAGUCGAUAUAUGAGAUGUAUUAAUAACACAUGUCAUUGUGAAAUAAAUACAUAUUUUGAUGGAUCAAUAUGUCAGAGUCAAAAAUUACUUGGUGAUGUAUGUAUGAAUAGUACAGAAUGUCGACAUGAUCUCAAUUAUACAUGUUUACCACGUCAACAAUGUGGUCCACCAUCGAUACAGAUUGGAACAGUUGUUGCUGGUAAUGCUGAUGGUACGUCGGGAACUAGUUUAACUGCAUUGAAUUAUCCAUUAGCACUUACAAUUGGAAUUGACAAUUCAAUUUAUGUAUCCGACUUUACGAACAACAGAGUCUUGAGAUUCCAACAAGGAUCUUUAACAGGUUCACUCGUCGCUGGAACAGGCGUUGCAGGCCCUAGUAACAACGAAUUAAAUGGACCUAUAGGUAUAUAUAUUGAUACGUCGUUUAAUCUCUAUGUAGUGGAUGGUUAUAAUUAUCGAAUAAUGUUUUGGCAGAACAAUUGGCCAUUUGGUGUUCGGGUCGCGGGUACCGGUUCGUCUGGAAAUACACUAAGCAGUUUUGGUCUUGUGGGAGGAAUAUUUGUUGAUUCACAAAAAAAUAUUUAUCUUUGUGACCGAGAUAAUAAUCGCAUAAUGAGAUUCUCACCGAACAUCACAAAUGCCACAAUUGUCGGUGGUACCGGCGUUCCGGGUAAUGGUAGCCAACAACUUAACUCACCAGUUAGUCUUUUCUUUGAUGAGAUCAAUUCCUAUCUUUAUGUCUCUGAUUCUAACAAUCAUCGCAUUCAACGAUACCAUGUUGGUGCUUCGUUAAACGGAACUACUGUUGCUGGAGGAAAUGGUCAAGGAUCUGGAAGCAAUCAGUUGAAUACGCCAUAUUCAUUAUGGGUUUCAACAAUCAAUAAUUAUAUUUAUAUUGUAGAUAGUGGAAACAGUCGUGUGCAACGCUGGAGUUUUGGAGCAUCAUAUGGAGUGACCAUGGUUGGUAAUGGUGCAAUAAUAAGAAAUGAUUCAACAGUGGUACAAGGAAAUAUGGAUAUUAGGCUAAGCAUUAAUGAUAGUAAUCUAUUGAUACUUGAAAUAACAAAAAAUAGAAUUUGGCGUUUCCAACUCAUUUAA